AUGCCAAUUUUAUCAGAUCCGUCAAAAAACAUUAUUGCUGAUAAUGAUCCUAGAUCUUAUGAUAAAGUCAUUUUGAAUUCUUCCCCAAUGAAACAGAUAUUUGACAAUUACGCUGACAAUUCAGCCAAAAGGCAUUUCGCUACAUUAGUGGUUUCCGUUGCAGGAACGGCCAAAAGGGCACUUCCACCGAUUAGCACAAAUUUUGAUUGUUCUGGAUCAAGUGCACAGUCUCAUUCAGAUUCAAAAAAAAAACACCAUAAUCGACGCAUAGCUUCGGAUGAUUCGUUAACUACUUUACCCAGUCCCGCAACCUCUGUUCAUGAUUUUCCAACAUCUAAACGUCAUACUGUCAGAGAGAAAAUUAAUUCAUCUAAUUUGAGCAUUGGAAGCAAGAAAUAUCAGCAUCAUCGUACUAUAUCAGAUACCAAUUUACUUAUAAACAAGCUUUCAUCAAAAAAUCAUACAAGUAACGGUAAUCAUCGUUCAAAUGAUGAUAUGGGACCUAUAAUUGGUCAUCAUAUGUUACAGCAAAGGUUGAUGAAACUUGGACUGCCAAAUUAUACUGAAUUGAUCGGCCAUUACGCUGUUUUGAAACUUAUUGGAACUGGCUCCUUUUCAGAAGUAAAAUUAGCUAUAGACUUGAAAAAUUGCAGAGAAGUCGCAAUAAAAAUGAUCUCCUUGAAAGAAAUGCAAGAAAAUGAGUGUUUGAAAACUGGUGUUUCACGGGAAAUCAAAAUUUUAGAGUACAUCAAUCAUCCAAAUAUUGUUAGUCUGUUAGAUACCGUUGAGACACCAAAACAUCUUUGUCUAGUACUUGAAUAUGUUCCAGGCGGUGAAUUAUUUGAUUAUGUAAAUGAUCACUAUGAAAAAAUCACAGAGGAUGAAGUUAAACAAAUCUUUUACGAAUUAGUCAAUACCGUUAGUUACCUUCAUGAAUCUAAUAUAGUUCAUCGAGACCUUAAAUUAGAAAACAUUUUACUUGAAUCAUCAGGUCCAUCUCCAAACAAAAAGUGUAUUAAAUUAACGGAUUUUGGAUUAGCGAGAUUUAUCAAUCCAAAAGCACCACUUUUGACCACCCGAUGUGGAUCAGAAGAAUAUGCUGCUCCAGAAUUAAUAUCAGCAUCAUCAUAUGAUGGUAGAAAAACAGAUAUAUGGUCAUUAGGAAUUAUUUUAUAUGCAUUAUUGGUAGGAUAUUUACCCUUUAAUCAAGAAGUCGGCAAAACGCGGAAACAAUUUUUCAGUAAAAUUAUUAAAGCUGAUUUUAAAUUUCCGGAAUCAAAAACGGCUGAUAAACGAGGGACUAUUAGUGAAGAUGCAAAAGAUUUGGUUAAAAAGAUUUUGCAAAAUAUACCAGAAAGAAGACCAAGUUUAGAAGAAAUUAAAAAUCAUCCAUGGUUGUUGAGUUUGAAUGCCAUGUGA